UGUGUCUCUAAUCCUAACUCUAAUCUGUGUUAUUAUUUACAAAGAAAAGAGAAAUUUUUAAAAAUUAUAUUUAUUCAAUGGGUAAUGAGUUGUUGGAGGAAUUAUAAUUUCACAAUAGAGUAAAAGAUAGUAUUAAUAAAUAUAUUUAUGGCAAAAAUUAAACAUUUGCUUCAAAAAGGAGAUGUUAGGAAAGGUGUUUAUAAAAGACAACCACGUAGCCCUUCUGAUGGAGUAUAAUAUACUAUGAUAUAGUUAAUCUCUUAUACAAUCUUAAUAAUAUUAAUGUUUAAGAAAAAAGGAAAGCUUUUAAAAUUAUAAAUAAAUAUGGCAUCAACUAGUAGACAGAGCAAUGUAUAUUAUGAUGAUAUUCCUCCUGGAUUUCUUAAAGAAGAUGAAUUUAUAUGUACAGAACGCAUAGUUCCAAGAAAGAUAAAACCCCAGAAUAUAGUUGUUAGAUUAAUGGAGAGAGAGAUCUAUGGCUCACGAAAACCUGGUUCACACUUUCAUGUUGUCCGAGAAUUUUAUCAGAAUGUCUUCCCUAACUUAACCAUAGUAAAUGUUGAAAAACCACCAUGUUUCCUAAGGAAAUUCAGUCCAGAUGGUAAACACUUCAUAGCAUUCUCAGCAGAUCAAACUUCAUUAGAGAUAUAUGAAUACAGAGGAGCUGCCGCUGCAGGAGAUUUGGUUGCAAGGUAUCCCUCAGACUUACUGAAUGCAGAUGCUGACAUCCAUUAUACUAUAAGAACACAUAUUUUUUAUAGAUUUUUCAAGCCCAAAUUUACAGUUAAUGUAUGUCAGCAAAGAGAAGCUCCAAGAGAUGAACGAAAUGUAAAUCAAGUGCCAUUCAUGGAGCAACAGCUGAAUCGGGAAUGUAGUCUUUUCACUGAAGAUGGCCGUUAUGUAAUAGUAGGGUCUGCUGCUCAUAUACCUGAUGACCUUAGACCUCAUUUCUAUCAUAUACAUAGUAACAAUGAAGCUGUCACACCAACAAUGAGAUCAGCAUUAGAAGACUACUCCCUUCAUUUGGUAGACCUGCAUCACGGUAAACUGUGUGAUACCAAACAUUUUCGAAUCGAUAAAAUCUAUCUCUCGCACAAUCAAGGCAUAUACUUGUACAAGGAAGUGUUGGCCGUGCUGUCUGUACAACAUCAAACGAUACAUCUUUUUCAAAUUGUUGAAGGGAUGUUAAUAGAGAUAAGGAAAAUUGGAAGAUUCUGUUAUGACGACGAUCCAUUUAUUGUAAGCUCAGUAUACGCUCCACUUCUGAACGAGCGGCCUUUUCAUGAGGAGACAAUAAAUAGUUUAAAGCAUAGGCUUCUAGUUUUCCUAUUUAAAAGAGCCAAAACCAUUAGUGACGAGACAGGUGAUCCACUUGAGUUGAGAAAGUUUUAUAAAUACUUUGAUAUGUUUCGGAGCCUCCGAAUGUGGAAGAUGCAGUUACUCGACGAAGAUCAUCUAUUUAUUAAAUAUGCCAGUGAAGAAGUAGUGACAUUGAGAGUUGCCGAGCCAAAUAGUCAAUCAUCCUUUUUUGUAAUUUACAACAUAAGUGGAAGCAAAAUAUUGGAGGUUUAUGAAAACACUUCAGAGGGUUUGCUGCAGCUAUUCGAGAAUUACUGCGAUUGUUUUAGAAAUGCGAGGUUAUGUGCCGACUCGCAGUUUACUUGUUCACCGUCUAAUAAUUUAUAUGCAAGAUUGACACAACAAAGAUUCAAGCAAACUAUAGUGAGAGCUAUUUAUGGCGGCCGUACAGAGGCUACGAAACGGAUACUAGCACAGUUGCCUAUUAGCGCGCAGUCAUACAGUGGCUCACCAUACCUGGACUUGGGUCUUUUUAGUUAUGAUGACAAAUGGGUAUCUGUAAUGGAAAGACCUAAAGCUUAUGGAGAGUACCCUAUUAGAUUCUACGCUCGAGAUUCCGGCCUGCUAAAGUUUAAGAUCUAUGCGGGAGUACUUGGGCAGACGGUACCAGCGAGCGCACGCCGUCUAGUCGCCUUUACUUUUCAUCCAACUGAUCCCUUUGCCAUCAGCGUACAACGAACAAAUUCGGAAUACAUUGUGAACUUUCAUAUUAGGAAUGCUGUGUUCAGCUGAUGUUAUAUAUCAAGCUGUUUUAUCCACCUUCAUUUAUACAUAGACUUACGAGCCAUGAAUUUCGAACCUUUGGUAUAAUUCUCUGACAAAUGAUUAUGCUAUCAAUAUAAUCUGUGAUGCAAUUAAAAUUUAAAAGUAUUUUAUGGUACAUUAUAAUGACUACUUCUAUUAUAAAAUCUGACGAUUCGACAAAAUUUCAUUUGUCAUGGUUACAAGCAUAUUACGUAUGCGCAAAUGUUAAUUACUACAAUGUAGUAGGAAUAUAAAAUAAAACGUUGUAUAAGCCGUUA